AUGGCUUUCAUGGCUCUGCUCUGUCUGCUGUUACUGCGGCCUGGCCUCGCCGCUCUAACGACUUCUCCAUUGGAAGAGGUAGGAGAAAAGCUGCGGCUUUUAAGAGACUCAGUCUCCUCUCCUGCUUCUUCACAUGAUGCCUCAGUGGGCGGGCGGCUGCGUCGGUCGGCCCUGAUGCCUGAUAUCACACAUCUGGAGCUGCUGGUGGUGGUAGGGCCAGAUGUUCAGCAGGUCCACAAGCAGGAUACAGAGCGAUACAUCCUCACCAACCUCAACAUUGCCUCAGAGCUGCUGAGAGACGUGACCCUGGGCGCCAACAUGAGGGUGCACCUGGUCCGCAUGAUCAUCCUGUCAGAGCCGGAGCCAGAGAUCCAAAUGUCGACCAACAUCACCUCCUCUCUCAGGAGUGUUUGUGACUGGGGGAGAAGGAUUAACCCCCCAAACGAUACAGACCCUCUGCACGCCGAUCUGCUGCUCUACAUUACGAGGUACGACCUGGAGUUGCCCGAUGGGAAUAAGCAGGUCAGGGGCGUAGCGCAGCUGGGUGGGGCUUGCUCCAGUGAAUGGAGCUGUGUGAUCACGGAGGACACAGGCUUCGACCUGGGGAUCACCAUCACUCAUGAAAUUGGCCACAGUUUUGGAAUCAACCAUGACGGAGUAGGAAACACCUGCAGCAGGGGUGGGUUCAUGAUGGCCUCUGACGGAGGCUACAACAGCGUGGAUCUGACCUGGUCCCAGUGCAGCAGGCAGCAGCUGUUCACAUUCUUCAGCGAAGGCAAAGCUGAAUGUGUGAAAGACCUUCCUGCACUGGGAGGCUCCCUGCAAGACUGGAAGCCUGGUCUGUAUUAUGGAGUAGAUGACCAGUGCCGGAUAGCUUUUGGCAGCUCUGCCAGGGCCUGCUCGUUCACCAAUCCUGACCUGCCAGCUUGUCGUGCUCUGUCCUGUCACAUUAACCCUGAUGAUGACAGCUCCUGCAAACGCCUCCUGGUUCCACUGCUGGAUGGGACAGAGUGUGCACCUAAUCAGUGGUGCUUGAAAGGCCGUUGCGUGUCCCUGGAUGAGCUCAGCUCCUCUGUGGUGGUGCACGGCUCCUGGUCCAGCUGGUCAGAGUUCUCCUCCUGCUCACGGACAUGUGGCGGAGGAGUCACUCAUCGCACACGCAAAUGCAACAACCCAAGACCUGCUUUUGGAGGGAAUGACUGUGAGGGACCGGAUGUUGAGGCUGAACUUUGUCACCGGCAGCCAUGUGAGCGCAACCAGCUGGACUUCAUGGCAGAGCAGUGUUCCCAAACAGACCUCCACCCCCUCUACCUACAGCCGAACACUGCCUCCUUCUACACCUGGAUCCCUGCUGUAGGCUUUGCACAGGGGGAUGAGCAGUGCCGACACAUGUGCCAGUCAGGCGGAGAAAACUUCAUCGUAAGCCGCGGCGCUCAGUUCCUGGAUGGGACUCGCUGCGAGUCAGACAGCCCGCCUCCCUUUGGCUCCACAGCUGCUUGUCUAAGAGGAACAUGUCAGCUGUUUGGCUGCGAUGGCGUGCUGCACUCUGGGAAAGUGUGGGAUGUGUGUGGGGUGUGUGGUGGAGACGGAUCGUCCUGCACUUUGACCUCUGACUCCUUCACUGGUGGUCAGGCCAGAGAGUACACCACCUUCCUCUCCCUGCCAGUGAACGCCACACAGGUUCACAUCAUCAACAGGGCUCCUCUCUUCACUCACAUGGCUGUGACGGUUGGGGAUCGGUACGUCGUGUCUGGGGGGGGCAGCAUGGCGUUAAAUACGACCCACCCGUCCCCGCUGGAUGACAACCGCCUCGUGUACCGCCUCCACCUGACCCCUGACCUUUUGCCUGAGAUGGAGGAGCUGCUGCUUCCCGGGCCGCUGCAGGAGGAGACAGACAUAAAGGUCUAUCGCAAAUAUGGGAAAGAAUAUGGAGAGAAAACGAAUCCAAACAUUAGCUUCCAGUUCUAUGUAGCCACCAGAAACAAUAACUCGUCAGACGUCGCACCUAAAGGCAAAUGGGCCGUCAUCACAACGCCGUGCUCUGUCUCCUGUGGAUCAGGUGUACAGAAGCACAUGUACGUCUGCGUGGAUGAAGACACCAACAAGCGUUUGGAGGAACACAACUGUGGAACAGCUCCUCCGCCCACAUCCCUCCACACAGCCUGUCAGCUCUCCCCCUGUCCCCCCAGGUGGGAUUCAGGGGCGUUCGGGCCUUGUAGCGCCUCUUGUGGUGGAGGAGAGAGAGUGCGUCCUGUGAGGUGUGUUCAGAAACACGGGGCCGAUGUGGUGAAGGUUCCAGAUUCUGAAUGCCCGCCUGAUGCAGCUCCAAACACUGUUGAACAAUGUAACCUGCAACACUGUCCUGCCAGGUGGCGUGUAUCAGAGCCAGGUGAGUGUUCGGCAGUGUGCGGGCCGGGAGAAGCCGGACGCGUCGUGUCCUGUGUUCGGCCAGAGGAAGGUCAGGAUGUUGAGGUGGAUCAAAGCUUUUGUUCGGAGCAGAUCAAACCACCUGAUUCUGUGCCCUGUGUGGUCGAUGUUUGUCCCAUCGGCUGGGAAUCGAAGGGAGAGGAGCAGCCCAUGCUGAGGUCUGGUUUGUUGCCACGCUCCAGACAGGCUCCUGUGUAUGUCUGGAGUCCUGUUAUCAGCCAGUGCUCAAAGACCUGCGGGAAUGGAACCCUGCAGGUGUGGUUUUCCUGUGUGGACCACCAGACCAGACUGGGUGUGCCUGACUUCCACUGUGAUGCUUCUAGCAAACCUGGUCCUCAGUCUGAGAGCUGCAACACAUCUCCCUGUCCUCCCAUGUGGCGCUCUAAGCAAGGAGUCUGCAGUGUAACGUGUGGAGGAGGGGUGGCCAACAGGGUGCUGUACUGUGCUGGAGAAACGGAGGGGGAGGAGGAGGUGGUGGAGGAUUCAGAGUGCGGCCACUUUCCCAAACCCACAGCAGUGGUUUCAUGUAACACCCACAGCUGCCCUGCAAGGUGGAAGGUGUCCAGGACGUCCCCCUGCUCGGUGUCCUGUGAUCUGGGUGUAGCUCAGAGGACCGUGUCCUGUGUCCAGUCCGUCCACGGCAAGGAGAGCGCGGCGCCGGAGGAGAACUGCCGUGCAGCUGUCAAACCAGCCACCGCGGUGCCCUGCCUGGUGCAGGUCUGCACCUUCAGAUGGGAGGUGAAACCCUGGAGCCAGUGUUCAGUACCCUGUGGAUAUGGGAUCCAGUCCAGAGCCGUGUCCUGCAUGGGCCCCUCGAAGCCGGAGCCGCUCAGCCCUCUGCUUUGUAUGCACAUGCCCAAGCCCAUCACCAUCCAGGGCUGCAACAUGGGCAGCUGCAGAGAGCUGGGACCUCUCCUGUCUGCUGCUGUGAGCCCCACAGACACACCACCACUCCACGUGGGCCAUCCUCCUCUUCCAAGUCCAACACGGGCCUUCACCAUCCCACAGACCACUGCAGCGAGCAUUCCUACACCUAAACCCAGAGCAUGUGGACAGCUACUCCUGGAAGAAUCAGGCACGGUGGACCUGAAAGACGCAACCGGCCGCUGCACAGUAUCCAUUGGUCGGCCCUUAGAUGAAGUCAUUCACAUCAAAGUGGAAUCCGGCUCCUUGAACUGCAGGAAAAAGGAGUUCGUUGCAUUUUUUGACCGACUGGCAUUUGUGAGGAAGUGCGAGCAGGUCGCAGGAAGCGAACUGACCACCAGAACCAACGUCCUGCUGGUGCGCCAAAAUCUGCUCACCCCUGGCGAUGGGGUCGUGUUCACCUACAGUUCACAGAAGAACACGAAGAAGAGCCACCAUCAGGAUUGUGACAUUCAGCUGUUUUCUCCAAGCGGUGCGUUUGAGAACCCGACAACAUCCAGCACCAACCACACCUGUCGAGUCCUCAUCAACGCGCCUCCAUCAGUGAAGAUCAGAAUCCAGGCGCUGCACAUAGGACUCGCAUUCAACUCCACCAACUCCCAGUCUACAUACAUUAUGAUCCGGGACAUGGACGUCUUAAAGACCAACGUGUUCAAAGGCCAGCAGCCGUUUCUGUGGCACUCCUCUGGAAAUAUGGCUGAGAUUGAAUUUCAUGGAGACUACCUGCGUUCCAAAGGGAGCUUCAGGGCUGAAUAUUCCUUCACGCAUCUUUGA